AUGGAAAGUGGGAGAAUGGGGCGGGGUGAUGGAAAGCGGGAGAAUGGGGCGGGGUGCUGGAAAGCGGGAGAAUGGGGCGGGGUGAUGGAAAGCGGGAGAAUCAGGCGGGGUGAUAGAAAGCAGGAGAAUCAGGCGGGGAGCUGGAAAGCAGGAGAAUGGGGCGGGGUGAUGGAAAGCGGGAGAAUGGGGCGGGGUGAUGGAAAGUGGGAGAAUGGGGCGGGGUGCUGGAAAGCGGGAGAAUGGGGCGGGGUGAUGGAAAGCGGGAGAAUCGGGCGGGACUGUUUAUUUUCCAUCACCCCGCCCCAUUCUCCCGCUUUCCAUCACCCCACCCCAUUCUCCCGCUUUCCAUCACCCCGGCUCAUUCUCCCUCUUUCCAUCCCCCUGCCCCAUUCUCCCUCUUUCCAUCACCCCGCCCCAUUCUCCCGCUUUCCAUCACCCCGCCCCAUUCUCCCGCUUUCCAUCACCCCGCCCCAUUCUCCCGCUUUCCAUCACCAAGCCCCAUUCUUCCGCUUUCCAUCACCCCGCCCCAUUCUCCCGCUUUCCAUCACCCCGCCCCAUUCUCCCUCCUUCCAUCACCCCGCCCCAUUCUCCCUCUUUCCAUCACCCCACCCCAUUCUCCCUCCUUCCAUCACCCCGCCCCUUUCUCCCUCCUUCCAUCACCCCGCCCCUUUCUCCCUCCUUCCAUCACCCCGCCCCAUUCUCCCGCUUUCCAUCACCCCGCCCCAUUCUCCCUCCUUCCAUCACCCCGCCCCAUUCUCCCGAUUUACAGCACCCCGCCCCAUUCUCCCUCCUUCCAUCACCCCGCCCCAUUCUCCCACCUUCCAUCACCCCGCCCCUUUCUCCCGCUUUCCAUCACCCCUCCCCAUUCUCUUGCCUUCCAUCACCCCGCCCCAUUCUCCCGCUUUCCAUCACCCCGCCCCAUUCUCCCUCUUUCCAUCACCCCGCCCCAUUCUCCCGCUUUCCAUCACCCUCCCCAUUCUCCCGCUUUCCAUCACCCCGCCCCAUUCUCCCGCUUUCCAUCACCCCGCCCCAUUCUCCCGCUUUCCAUCACCCCGCCCCAUUCUCCCUCUUUCCAUCACCCUGCCCCAUUCUCUCUCUUUCCAUAACCCCGCCCCAUUCUCCCGCUUUCCAUCACCCCGCCCCAUUCUCCCGCUUUCCAUCACCCCGCCCCAUUCUCCCGCUUUCCAUCACCCUGCCCCAUUCUCCCGCUUUCCACCACCCCGCCCCAUUCUCCCGCUUUCCAUCACCCCGCCCCAUUCUCCCGCUUUCCAUCUCCCCGCCCCAUUCUCUCGCUUUCCAUCACCCCGCCCCAUUCUCCCGCUUUCCAUCACCCCACCCCAUUCUCCCGCUUUCCAUCACCCCAGCUCAUUCUCCCUCUUUCCAUCACCCUGCCCCAUUCUCCCUCUUUCCAUCACCCCGCCCCAUUCUCCCGCUUUCCAUCACCCCGCCCCAUUCUCCCGCUUUCCAUCACCCCGCCCCAUUCUCCCUCCUUCCAUCACCCCGGCCCAUUCUCCCUCCUUCCAUCACCCUGCCCCAUUCUCCCGCUUUCCAUCACCCCGCCCCAUUCUCCCGCUUUCCAUCACCCCGCCCCAUUCUCCCGCUUUCCAUCACCCCGCCCCAUUCUCCCUCUUUCCAUCACCCCGCCCCAUUCUCUCUCUUUCCAUAACCCCGCCCCAUUCUCCCGCUUUCCAUCACCCCGCCCCAUUCUCCCGCUUUCCAUCACCCCGCCCCAUUCUCCCUCUUUCCAUCACCCCGCCCCAUUCUCCCUCUUUCCAUAACCCCGCCCCAUUCUCCCGCUUUCCAUCACCCCGCCCCAUUCUCCCGCAUUCCAUCACCCUGCCCCAUUCUCCCGCUUUCCAUCACCCCGCCCCAUUUUCCCGCUUUCCAUCACCCCGCCCCAUUCUCCCGCUUUCCACCACCCCGCCCCAUUCUCCCGCUUUCCAUCACCCCGCCCCAUUCUCCCGCUUUCCAUCACCCCGCCCCAUUCUCCCGCUUUCCAGCUCCCCGCCUGAUUCUCCCGCUUUCCAUCACCCCGCCCCAUUCUCCCACUUUCCAUCAACCCGCCCCAUUCUCCCGCUUUCCAUCACCCCGCCCCAGUCUCCCGCUUUCCAGCACCCCGCCCCAUUCUCCCUCUUUCCAUCAACCCGCCCCAUUCUCUCGCUUUCCAUCACCCCGCCCCAUUCUCCCUCUUUCCAUAAACCCGCCCCAUUCUCCCGCUUUCCAUCACCCCGCCCCAUUCUCUCGCUUUCCAUCACCCUGCCCCAUUCUCCCGCUAUCCAUCACCCCGCCCCAUUCUCCCGCUAUCCAUCACCCCGCCCCAUUCUCCCGCUUUCCAUCACCCCGCCCCAUUCUCCCUCCUUUCAUCACCUCGCCCCAUUCUCCCUCCUUCCAUCACCCCGCCCCAUUCUCCCACUUUGCAUCACCCCGCCCGAUUCUCCCGCUUUCCAUCACCCCGCCCCAUUCUCCCGCUUUCCAUCACCCCGCCCCAUUCUCCCGCUUUCCAUCACCCCGCCCCAUUCUCCCACUUUCCAUCACCCCGCCCCAUUCUCCCUCUUUCCAUCACCCUGCCCCAUUCUCCCGCUUUCCAUCACCCGCCCCAUUCUCCCGCUUUCCAUCACCCCGCCCCAUUCUCCCGCUUUCCAUCACCCCACCCCAUUCUCCCUCCUUUCAUCACCUCGCCCCAUUCUCCCUCCUUCCAUCACCCCGCCCCAUUUUCCCACUUUCCAUCACCCCGCACCAUUCUCCCGUUUUCCAUCACCCCGACCCAUUCUCCUGCUUUCCAUCACCCCUCCCCAUUCUCCCUCCUUUCAUCACCUCUCCCAAUUCUCCCUCCUUCCAUCACCCCACCCCAUUCUCCCUCCUUCCAUCACCCCACUCCAUUCUCCCGCUUUCCAUCACCCCGCCCCAUUCUCCCGCUUUCCAUCACCCCGCCCCAUUCUCCCGCUUUCCAUCACCCUGCCCCAUUCUCCCUCCUUCCAUCACCCCGCCCCAUUCUUCCUCCUUCCAUCACCCCGCCCCAUUCUCGCGCUUUCCAUCACCCCACUCCAUUCUCGCGCUUUCCAUCACACCGCCCCAUUCUCCCGCUUUCCAUCACCCCGCCCCAUUCUCGCGCUUUCCAUCACCCCGCCCCAUUCUCGCGCUUUCCAUCACCCCGCCCCAUUCUCCCGCUUUUCAUCACCCCGCCCCAUUCUCCCGCUUUCCAUCACCCCGCCCCAUUCUCCCGCUUUCCAUCACCCCGCCCCAUUCUCCCUCUUUCCAUCACCCCGCCCCAUUCUCCCGCUUUUUAUCACCCGCCCCAUUCUCCCGCUUUCCAUCACCCCGCCCCAUUCCCCCGCUUUCCAUCACCCCGCCCCAUUCUCCCGCUUUCCAUCACCCCGCCCCAUUCUCCCGCUUUCCAUCACCCCGCCCCAUUCUCCCGCUUUCCAUCACCCGCCCCAUUCUCCCGCUUUCCAUCACCCCGCCCCAUUCUCCCGCUUUCCAUCAACCCGCCCCAUUCUCCCGCUUUCAAUCACCCCGCCCCAUUCUCCCGCUUUUCAUCUCCCCGCCCCAUUCUCCCGCUUUCCAUCACCCCGCCCCAUUCUAACGCUUUCUAUCACCCCGCCCCAUUCUCCCGCUUUCCAUCACUCCGCCCCAUUCUCCCGCUUUCCAUCACCUCGCCCCACUCUCCCGCUUUCCAUCUCCCCGCCCCAUUCUCCCUCCUUCCAUCACUCCGGCCCAUUCUCCCGCUUUCCAUCACCCCGCCUCAUUCUCCCGCUUUCCAUCACCCCGCCCCAUUCUCCUGCUUUCCAUCACCCCGCCCCAUUCUCCCGCUUUCCAUCUCCCCGCCCCAUUCUCUCGCUUUCCAUCACCCCGCACCAUUCUCCCCUUUCCAUCACCCCGCCCCAUUCUCCCGCUUUCCAUCACCCCGCCCCAUUCUCCCUCUUUCCAUCACCCUGCCCCAUUCUCCCGCUCUCCAGCACCCCGCCCCAUUCUCCCGCUUUCCAUCACCCCGCCCCAUUCUCCCGCUUUCCAUCACCCCGCCCCAUUCUCCCCCUUUCCAUCACCCCGCCCGAUUCUCCCGCUUUCCAUCACCCCGCCCCAUUCUCCCGCUUUCCAUCACCCCGCCCCAUUCUCCCACUUUCCAUCUCCCCGCCCCAUUCUCCCGCUUUCCAUCACCCCGCCCCAUUCUCCCACUUUCCAUCACCCCGCCCCAUUCUCCCUCUUUCCAUCACCCUGCCCCAUUCUCCCGCUUUCCAUCACCCGCCCCAUUCUCCCGCUUUCCAUCACCCCGCCCCAUUCUCCCGCUUUCCAUCACCCCACCCCAUUCUCCCUCCUUUCAUCACCUCGCCCCAUUCUCCCUCCUUCCAUCACCCCGCCCCAUUUUCCCGCUUUCCAUCACCCCGCCCUAUUCUCCCGCUUUCCAUCACCCCGCCCCAUUCUCCCGCUUUCCAUCUCCCCGCCCCAUUCUCCCGCUUUCCAUCACCCCGCCCCAUUCUCCCGCUUUCCAUCACCCCGCCCCAUUCUCCCUCUUUCCAUCACCCCGCCCCAUUCUCCCGCUUUCCAUCACCCGCCCCAUUCUCCCGCUUUCCAUCACCCCGCCCCAUUCUCCCUCUUUCCAUCACCCUGCCCCAUUCUCCCGCUUUCCAUCACCCUGCCCCAUUCUCCCGCUUUCCAUCACCCCGCCCCAUUCUCCCGCUUUCCAUCACCCGCCCCAUUCUCCCGCUUUCCAUCUCCCCGCCCCAUUCUCCCGCUUUCCAUCACCCGCCCCAUUCUCCCGCUUUCCAUCACCCCGCCCCAUUCUCCCGCUUUUCAUCACCCCGCCCCAUUCUCCCGCUUUCCAGCUCCCCGCCUGAUUCUCCCGCUUUCCAUCACCCCGCCCCAUUCUCCCACUUUCCAUCACCCCGCCCCAUUCUCCCGCUUUCCAUCACCCCGCCCCAGUCUCCCGCUUUCCAUCACCCCGCCCCAUUCUCCCACUUUCCAUCACCCCGCCCCAUUCUCCCGCUUUCCAUCACCCCGCCCCAUUCUCCCACUUUCCAUCACCCCGCCCCAUUCUCCCGCUUUCCAUCACCCCGCCCCAUUCUCCCGCUUUCCAUCACCCGCCCCAUUCUCCCGCUUUCCAUCUCCCCGCCCCAUUCUCCCGCUUUCCAUCACCCGCCCCAUUCUCCCGCUUUCCAUCACCCCGCCCCAUUCUCCCGCUUUUCAUCACCCCGCCCCAUUCUCCCGCUUUCCAGCUCCCCGCCUGAUUCUCCGGCUUUCCAUCACCCCGCCCCAUUCUCCCACUUUCCAUCACCCCGCCCCAUUCUCCCGCUUUCCAUCACCCCGCCCCAUUCUGCCUCUUUCCAUCACCCCGCCCCAUUCUCUCGCUUUCCAUCACCCCGCCCCGUUCUCCCUCUUUCCAUAAACCCGCCCCAUUCUCCCGCUUUCCAGCACCCCGCCCCAUUCUCCUGCUUUCCAUCACCCCGCCCCAUUCUCCCGCUUUCCAUCACCCCGCCCCAUUCUCCCUCUUUUCAUCACCCUGCCCCACUCUCCCUCUUUCCAUCACCCCGCCCCAUUCUCCUGCUUUUCAGCACCCCGCCCCAUUCACCCGCUUUCCAUCACCCCGCCCCAUUCUCCUGCUGUCCAUCACCCUGCCCCAUUCUCCCGCUUUCCAUCACCCCGCCCCAUUCUCCCGCUUUCUAUCACCCCGCCCUAUUCUCCCUCCAUCCAUCACCCCGCCCCAUUCUCCCUCCUUCCAUCACCCCGCCCCAUUCUCCCGCUUUCCAUCACCCCGCCCCAUUCUCCCGCUUUCCAUCACCUCGCCCCAUUCUCCCGCUUUCCAUCACCCCGCCCCAUUCUCCCGCUUUCCAUCACCCCGCCCCAUUCUCCCGCUUUCCAUCACCCCGCCCCACCCUCCCACUUUCCAUCACCCCGCCCCAUUCUCCCCCUUUCCAUCACCCUACCCCAUUCUCCCGCUUUCCAUCACCCCGCCCCAUUCUCCCGCUUUCCAUCACCCCGCCCCAUUCCCCCGCUUUCCAUCACCCCGCACAAUUCUCCCGCUUUCCAUCACCCCACCCCAUUCUCCCGCUUUCCAUCACCCCACCCCAUUCUCCCGCUUUCCAUCACCCUGCCCCAUUCUCCCUCCUUCCAUCACCCCGCCCCAUUCUUCCUCCUUCCAUCACCCCGCCCCAUUCUCGCGCUUUCCAUCACCCCGCCCCAUUCGCCCGCUUUCCAUCACCCCGCCCCAUUCUCCCUCCUUCCAUCACCUUGCACCAUUCUCCCGCAUUCCAUCACCCCGCCCCAUUCUCCCGCUUUCCAUCACCCCGCCCCAUUCUCCCUCCUUUUAUCACCUCGCCUCAUUCUCCCUCUUUCCAUCACCCCGCCCCAUUCUCCCGCUUUCCAUCAUCCUGCCCCAUUCUCCUGCUUUCCAUCACCCCGCCCCAUUCUCUUGCUUUCCAUCACCUUGCCCCAUUCUCCCUCUUUCCAUCACCCCACCCCAUUCUCCCUCCUUCCAUCACCCCACUCCAUUCUCCCGCUUUCAAUCACCCCUCCCCAUUCUCCCGCUUUCCAUCACCCUGCCCCAUUCUCCCUCCUUCCAUCACCCCGCCCCAUUCUUCCUCCUUCCAUCACCCCACCCCAUUCUCGCGCUUUCCAUCACCCCACUCCAUUCUCGCGCUUUCAAUCACCCCGCCCCAUUCUCCCGCUUUCCAUCACCCCGCCCCAUUCUCCCUCUUUCCAUCACCCUGCCCCAUUCUCCCGCUUUCCAUCACCCCGCCCCAUUCUCCCGCUUUCCAUCACCCCGCCCCAUUCUCCCGCUUUCCAUCACCCGCCCCAUUCUCCCGCUUUCCAUCUCCCCGCCCCAUUCUCCCGCUUUCCAUCACCCGCCCCAUUCUCCCGCUUUCCAUCACCCCGCCCCAUUCUCCCGCUUUUCAUCACCCCGCCCCAUUCUCCCGCUUUCCAGCUCCCCGCCUGAUUCUCCCGCUUUCCAUCACCCCGCCCCAUUCUCCCACUUUCCAUCACCCCGCCCCAUUCUCCCGCUUUCCAUCACCCCGCCCCACACCCCGCCCCAUUCUCCUGCUUUCCAUCACCCCGCCCCAUUCUCCCGCUUUCCAUCACCCCGCCCCAUUCUCCCUCUUUUCAUCACCCUGCCCCACUCUCCCUCUUUCCAUCACCCCGCCCCAUUCUCCUGCUUUUCAGCACCCCGCCCCAUUCACCCGCUUUCCAUCACCCCGCCCCAUUCUCCUGCUGUCCAUCACCCUGCCCCAUUCUCCCGCUUUCCAUCACCCCGCCCCAUUCUCCCGCUUUCUAUCACCCCGCCCUAUUCUCCCUCCAUCCAUCACCCCGCCCCAUUCUCCCUCCUUCCAUCACCCCGCCCCAUUCUCCCGCUUUCCAUCACCCCGCCCCAUUCUCCCGCUUUCCAUCACCUCGCCCCAUUCUCCCGCUUUCCAUCACCCCGCCCCAUUCUCCCGCUUUCCAUCACCCCGCCCCAUUCUCCCGCUUUCCAUCACCCCGCCCCACCCUCCCACUUUCCAUCACCCCGCCCCAUUCUCCCCCUUUCCAUCACCCUACCCCAUUCUCCCGCUUUCCAUCACCCCGCCCCAUUCUCCCGCUUUCCAUCACCCCGCCCCAUUCCCCCGCUUUCCAUCACCCCGCACAAUUCUCCCGCUUUCCAUCACCCCACCCCAUUCUCCCGCUUUCCAUCACCCCACCCCAUUCUCCCGCUUUCCAUCACCCUGCCCCAUUCUCCCUCCUUCCAUCACCCCGCCCCAUUCUUCCUCCUUCCAUCACCCCGCCCCAUUCUCGCGCUUUCCAUCACCCCGCCCCAUUCGCCCGCUUUCCAUCACCCCGCCCCAUUCUCCCUCCUUCCAUCACCUUGCACCAUUCUCCCGCAUUCCAUCACCCCGCCCCAUUCUCCCGCUUUCCAUCACCCCGCCCCAUUCUCCCUCCUUUUAUCACCUCGCCUCAUUCUCCCUCUUUCCAUCACCCCGCCCCAUUCUCCCGCUUUCCAUCAUCCUGCCCCAUUCUCCUGCUUUCCAUCACCCCGCCCCAUUCUCUUGCUUUCCAUCACCUUGCCCCAUUCUCCCUCUUUCCAUCACCCCACCCCAUUCUCCCUCCUUCCAUCACCCCACUCCAUUCUCCCGCUUUCAAUCACCCCUCCCCAUUCUCCCGCUUUCCAUCACCCUGCCCCAUUCUCCCUCCUUCCAUCACCCCGCCCCAUUCUUCCUCCUUCCAUCACCCCACCCCAUUCUCGCGCUUUCCAUCACCCCACUCCAUUCUCGCGCUUUCAAUCACCCCGCCCCAUUCUCCCGCUUUCCAUCACCCCGCCCCACUCUCUCGCUUUCCAUUACCCAGCCCCAUUCUCCCGCUUUCCAUCACCCCGCCCCAUUCUCCCGCUUUCAAUCACCCCGCCCCAUUCUCCCGCUUUCCAUCACUCCGCCCCAUUCUCCCGCUUUCCAUCACCCCGCCCCAUUCUCCCGCUUUCCAUCACUCCGCCCCAUUCUCCCGCUUUCCAUCACCCCGCCCCACUCUCUCGCUUUCCAUCACCCCGCCCCAUUCUCCCGCUUUCCAUCACCCCGCCCCAUUCUCCUUCCUUCCAUCACCCCGCCCCAUCCUCCCGCUUUCCAUCACCCCGCCCCAUUCUCCUUCCUUCCAUCACCCCGCCCCAUCCUCCCGCUUUCCAUCACCCCGCCCCAUUCUCCUUCCUUCCAUCACCCGGCCCCAUCCUCCCGCUUUCCAUCACCCCGCCCCAUUCUCACGCUUUCCAUCAAACGCUGCACUUCCUGCACGUGA